UCUCGCGCGCGCGACGACGCAAUCCCGCCCCUCGCGUCUUGGUUCAUCGCGGAAGUUCCGAUACGCAUCUCCCUAAGCCAGUCACCAGGUAAUUUUCCUCUCCCGUCUCGUGUUACGCUUUGAUCGCCGCGAGUGUCUCGGCCGGCGCGCGCGUGUGCACUGCCAAGUUACUGCGCGCUGGUAGAAAAUAGAAAUUAAAAAAGCGCGCGAGACGCGCCGCAGCUCUCGCUGGCUCGUCGUUGUUUACUCGGCUCGGUUUUGCAAGAGGGAAGCCUCGAACUUUGUCUCGCGCGAUUCUCGCCUUCUUCACACCUCAGAGCGAGAAACUUCGUCUCCGGAGAAAGAAAGAGAGAGAGAGAGAGUCUGCUGUUCUUUUCAUAUUCAAUUAAAUUUCUACAAAUACACGGACAUGUUUGCGAUAUCCGCUCGGAUUUGGCCGAAGUAACUCUGUUUUCCAGCGAAAAUCGAAAGAAUUGGGGGGGGGAGGGAUUUAUGAUUCAAAAUGACCCAGUCGCUGAAACUAUGUGUCGAUGGAAGGAAGGAUAACGCUCUCUCUUGUGAGCGCGCGACUGAAAGAACGGGGGGAGAGAAUCGCGCGGACGGCCGUCGAGCGUAGACGAUUGCAUAGUAAUUAAACGAAGCUGAAACUGACCAGGGCGGAAUGCGCGUGUCAAACGGCGGGUGUACACUGCAGAUCCAAGUGUGUAAUUUCACACACUUCGGUGCGGUCAUUUUCUACGCAUUCGCGACUCACGCGUGUCAGCUGGCGCAAUUUAACAAACGCAGAAACGCGCGAAGAUUACACACACGGCAGAGCCAAGCGUAGCUUCUGCACGCUCGUAUGUGCGUAAAAUCCGUAAUAUCGACGCGCAGGUACAAAAUGCGUAAAAAGUGACUACGUGUAGAGAAAUGACGCCACUUGGAUCCUUGUGCGCGCGACGAUGUAACGAGAAGCGGAAGAAGAAAAAGGAGAUAGAAAGAGAUAGAAAGAGAGAGAGAGAGUGUGAGCGAGAGGAGCGGAAAUCGAUCUCGUGCAUGGCAGAAGCACUCUCGCUCGAGAGGCGGGCAAGGACGUCCAACGAGGAACAUCCGAUCAUGGAAGGACCGCAAGAGCGAGAUAGCAGCGAGAUCCAUCAGAGCCAAGCGCUCACCGCGACGGCGACGAGUCGACUGCGCCGAGGACGAGCGAUCGGCACGUCGUCGGAGUCCCCGCGUCCUUGCCAGCUCACCCGCUCCGUCCGUCCGACUUCACACCUCAGGGAGUGGGGUCAUCCCUACCAGCGACUCUCGGGCGCUUCUACGUCGCCGCGCCGUUCCCCUCUUCCAUCCCACCACUCGCCGCGCUAUGUAAGAGCCCGCACAUGUUACCCCGCGUUUCAGUCUCGCAGCGGCACUCGCGAGCGUAGUAUCGUGCGUCGUUCGGAUCGCCUGGGUGAAGGUAGAGAGGAAGGAAGGAAGGAAGGGCGAUAAAACGCGCGCUCGCUCUCUCUCUCUCUCCCCCACGAGCGGGACACCCACGUAUCACGGGGGGAGCCGCUGUACACACACACACACACACACGUCGCACGCAGAGCAGCGCGCACCACCGCGGGAAACGAGCGACCACGGAGGACACAGUGUGUGUGUGUGUGUCUCUGUGUGUGUGUGUGCCGUACGCGUGCGCGCGAGUUCUUUUUCAGUGCUUCGCACGACGGAGCCCCGCUCUCGACCUCGUCGCGCGACGCCUCUCUCGCGAAGGCCGAACAGUUGAUCGGGGGAACGCGAGGGACAGAGAUACGGGGAAUAGAGGCCGAAGAGGAUAGGAGCAUCCCGAGCAUCAUCAUCCGUCGUUUCCACCCCGUCCGCCGGCGCAGCACUCCGCGCUUUUCUUUCGUUUUUUUUACUUUUAUACGUACGCGCACGUCGUCGUAUCAACGCACCCUCCUCCCUCGGCAUCGCCGGUGCGCGCGUAUCCCGCCGGACCCCGUGGAUUAACUCCAUCGACGUCCCGCCAUCCCGGAUUCUCCCUCGUUCCUCUCCCCGUCCGCGAGUGCUCGCGAGAGUGUGAAAAGGAGAAGUUCCGAGGAGACUACCGCGGUGUGGAUAAAUCGCGACAGGUGCGAGACGUCGGGCCGCUUCGUCGGGAAGAUCGCGAGAGAUAGAGUGUGAGAGAGAGAGAGAAACGUCCACAGGCGGGCACACAUCCGGGGGCUCUUCUGAAUCGCGGUCCGUCGUCAGUCGAGGUGACACCACCACCCGGAACAAUCCCUCGCCGGUGGCAAGACGGCCGAUCGUGCGGACGUCCUCGGUGCUAUCCCGCGGCCGCUACGAGCGUCAACAGCUCGAAGAUUCUCCCGAGGGCCAAGAUGCACAUCGAGGUGCAGGUGGCGCUUAACUUCGUGAUAUCGUACCUAUACAACAAACUGCCGCGCAGACGGGUCAACAUAUUCGGCGAGGAGCUCGAGAAGGCCCUGAAAGACAAGUUCAAGGGUCACUGGUACCCGGAGAAGCCGUUCAAGGGGUCCGCAUUCAGAUGCCUGAAGACCGGCGACCCGGUCGACCCGGUGCUGGAGCGCGCCGCGAAGGAGAGCGGUGUGCCGAUCCAGGACAUCCUGGAGAACCUGCCGGCCGAGCUCGCCGUCUGGGUCGAUCCAGGUGAGGUCAGCUACCGGAUAGGCGAGCUGAACGCCGUGAAGAUCCUCUACUCCGAGACCGGCGAUCCUCACGACGAGACCUCGGCCGAUCGCGAGGUCACUAAGACCUUCAACCCCGAGGCGCAGUGCUUCAGGCCGAUCGAGGCCGUCGGCACGUCGCUGGGCGGUCUUAGCCUCAGUCCAAAGUCCACCUCGCCCUUCUCGAGCUCGCUCGGCAGCAACACCAGCAACGGCUCGUCCAACAACAAUCAGCAGAGCGGCCAUGGCUCCGGCUCCUCGUCGGCACCCUCGCCGACCCCCAUCACCAGCUCCUUCAAAGGCUCGCCCAGUCCUGUGCCGGCCUUCAUCCCGCGCACCACCGCCCCGCUCACCUUCACCACCGCCACCUUCGCUCAGACCAAGUUCGGCAGCACCAAACUCAAGACCAGCAGCAAACGCGCCAACAGGAUGUCGCCCACCGAGUUCUCGAACUAUAUAAAGCAGCGCGCGAUGCAGCAGCAGAUCCACCACCACCACCAUCAUCAGCAGCAGCAGCAGCAGCAGCAGCCGCCGCACCAACAGCCGCAGCAACAGCCGCCGCCGCCGCCGCCGCAACAGCAGCAGCAGCAGCAGCAGGCGACCGCCGCGGGCGGUCUGCCGGUCUCGCAGAGCUCGCCGCGCAGUCGCAGCCUGUCACCCGGUAGCAUAGUCGCCGGUGGCGGACAACAGCACACGGACCCGAGCGCGUACUUCUUCCAGCACGGUCCGGCGGCGUACCACGCGCAGUUCCCCCAUCGCAACAUCUUCGACUCGUCGAGCCACGGCGGCUACCUGCCCGCCGAUCUCUACGCCGGCGCCAAGUUCCCGUCGUCGUACCUCGACCCGACCGCCCUCGCCGGCCACCAGUUCUACGGUGGCGGCGUGAACGGCACGAGCGGCGGCACCGGCAGCACGGCGAACCCCGCCGUCUCGCAGAGCGGCGCCGGCAAUCUCGGCCCGAUCGGCACCGCGACGACGAACGGCAACGUGAACGGCGCGGCGAGCGCCGCGGCGCAGCAGCAGCAGGACAAGAGCGCUCUGGUCGAGGGCCUCAACAACUUCGGCCUCGGCUCCGUCGCACCUUACCCGGCCAGCCAGUACCAGCACCUGCUCGUGGCCAACUAAUACCUCGCGCGUGCUCAAGCGUCGGGCCGCCUCGGCGCGGACGGCAAGCGGAAGGGUCGCGAGACUGACGCGAUCGUCGUCCCCGCGUCGUCCCUGCGUCGUCGGGACGCAGGCGUGCAGAGUCCGGCUUCCUUACCCUGACCACGAGCACCGGGUGUCUGUCCCCCGGUUAACUCUGUCUCUCUUCCCGACGGGGCCGCUUCUACCGUUGCGCUGACCGUCGGCGCCUGCGCGCCCACCCCAUCCGGACGCUUCUCCGAGAAGAGAGGCUCUUUCCCUUGCGAUCUUUCCUGUCCGAGGAGCUCUCGGGAUACUUUGUACAUACACACAUACACACACCGUCGACGGUAGGAUCGGUAGAGAGAAAGAGAGAGGAUCGGCGCGUUUUUCACGAAUGGGGGAGAAAUGGAGGGCGAGGAGAGAGACAGCCGAAACGAUCGACCUCGAUUCGAACGAUCGAGGCGAGGUUGAGGAGGGAGGGAGAGAAAGAGAGAGAGAGAGUGUGUGUGUGUGGUGCGUGUGGAGAGAGAAAGAGAGAGAGAGAGAGAUGUCUGCUUCCAAAGUACGCCUGUUGCGAGAUAGCGUGUGCGUGCGAACGUUUUAGGCGUGGAGAAGAGAAGAGAAGGUGAGAGGAGAUGAUUAGAAGGUGGUGAAGAGGAGGAGGAAAGAAAAACGGCCGACUAACGAGAGCGUGUGUAUGUGCUAAAGCUGAAACACCCGAUAAGGACCCGAUCGCGACGGCGCGAGUUCGACGAAAGCCACCGCGUGUGGCUGUUCCACACACACAUACACACACAUACAUACAUACACACAGAAGUCUCAUGCAAAGACACGCACAUCGUGCGGUGCGUAGCGCACCGGUGGACGUUCGGACGACGCGUCGAGCGCCGACACCUGGGACAGCAAAGACUCGUACACACUCGACGCAUACACACGUAGAGGGAAAGAGAAAGAAUGAGAGAAAGAAAAAGCGACAUACACACACGUACAUGUACUCACACUCUAUAUACGACGAUACGAACCCACGCGGACACCACACGUAGACCACACGUCACACGCGAGCAUCCACGCACGAGAGAGAAAGAGAGAGAGAGAAAGAGAGAGACAUACAUAUAUAUCGAAAAGGAAAAAAAAACGGAAACCACGUAACCACGCGACACACCCACACACAGAUAUUACCAACGUGUAAUAAUUUAUUUUUUCACUGGUAUAGUCGGAGAAUUGAUAAUGAAUAUAUCUGUAGAGCCUAUGUAUUAUAUUCAAGAUGCACUACUCACUACUCUUCACGGGUUCUCGCGAAACGGUAGGAACUAUAUACCACACACUUGUCCCCGCUCGUCGUGAGCCGAGCGAGCCGUCGAGAGAGAGAGAGAGAGAGAGAGAGAGGGAGAUAGAUAGAUAGAGAAAAAGAUACAGAUCCGUGGACCGAUAGAUCGAUAAGGUAAGGUGUCUUCCAGCUUUCUCAGUUUCCAUCGAUCGCGAGCGUCGUGCGACGAUACGCGCUCGAACAUGUAUCCGGGCCACGCACCCGGCAGCUAACUCGGAAGCUGUUCAGGCACUAAAUACAUAAGCGCGUCUAAACGAGCCGAAGAUCGGACCGCGGAUAGCUUCCCUACGGAAAGAGAGAGAGAGAGGGGGAGGGGAGAGAAAACCUUACGUUGAAUCGAGAGAUUUAAGAAUAAAAGAGAAAAAGAAACUAAAAAAAAUAAGAAAACAGACGAACCUACGCUGAAGAAAAGACGGCCCGUUCAUUCGCACGAGACGGUAGAUAGGGCGAGGAAGGAACAACACGCGAUCAGGACGAAGGACCGAUCUCUCCUUCGUGAGUAUAGUGAUAAUACAGGAACGAGCUCGCAGUUUUAUACCGUUCGGAAAACUCGUCCUCGGUACGAUUUUACAUUUUAUUUUUAUAAUAAAUGCAGUAGAAUGUAGGAGAAAUUGCGAGAGCGAAAGAGAAAGAGAGAAAGACAGAGAGAGAGAGGGGGGGGGGAGGAGAGAGAAAGUGUACGUAUGUGUGUGUGCAUGUGUCUGUGUGUGUGCGUGUGACGACGAGUGUGAUAUACAGGGGAUGAACAGGGAAAGAGGAUGAGGAGAAGAAGAAGAAGAAGAAGAAGAAGAAGUAGUUGAGGACGAGAUAGAAAAAGAGCCGGUGUGUUCGUAGGAACGUAAGUGGCCUUGUUGCCGGCCUCUCGAUAUUUGCUCGCCUGCGAGCCCGUCCCCGCCCCGCCGCAGAAAAACUCUCGGGAAUCGAUUUCCUUUCGAGAUAUUGCCUUUCGAUUCGACAUCCGGAGUCGAUGACCCUCCCUGUCGGAAAACCUCCUCGAAUCGUUAAACUCGGCAACAGCUCGGGCCGCAGCCGCUGCUGUGCGUUUCAACCGGCAACUUUUCCAUUUACUACUACGGGUUUUUUUCUUUCUCUCCGCUACCUCUCUUCAUCGCGGAUAGCGUAACGUUUCAUCGAUUAUUUAUGCAAAAGCGAUUCCCGAUCUCUCAAUGACGCACAGUCGCGGUUCUACGCGGUCGAGCCGAGAAUAGUCGACCUUCCCGUCAGUGAAGACAGAUUUGCCGCGGACGUUAAGCGCGAUUCACAGCGAGUUCCCGUUUCUUACGAAAAUGAUUCGUUCGAGCGGAGUCACUCGCGGAGCUUCACGGUGCUAAAAAA